UCCUCCAACUACCAGCACAAACGCACGAAAUAAAAUUCCAGAUUUUUCUUUCCCCCAAAUUAAUUUCAUUCCAGAUCCUUCCACAACGUUCCUUCUCAUUCUUUGCGGGCGCCCCUCUCUCCCCUUUAUAAACCCCAAAUCCGAAUCACCGCCACCCUCUCUAUUCUUUCUCUCCAAAUCAAAAUUAGGGUUUUCCUCUUGAGAUCAAACCUAGGGUUCCAUGGCCUCCGACGACGCUCUCUCCCAAUUCGCUGCCUUCUUCGACCGCCUCAGCCGCGACCGAGACCUCCCCCCGAUCAUCCCCUUCAUCAUGGGCCUGGCCGUCGCCGGAUCAACGCCCCCCACCGCAACAACAGCCACAGACUCCGAUCAGCAACCUCCCUCCGCCGAUCGCAGAUCCAACCGAGUCGACCGACUCGUCGUCCUCGACGGCGGUAACCAAAACAUGGUGGUGAUCCAGAGCGGCUCCGCCGGAAUCGGUUCUCUGAUGCGCCAGCUGGCUAAAGAAGGCCACCCGCCGGCGUCCAAGGCCUCCAUCGCCGCCAUGCCGACGGUGGCGGUUGCGGAAAGCGGCCGGGAGUGUCCGAUUUGCCUCGACAUUUUCGACGUCGGCGGAGAGGCCAAGCAGAUGCCUUGCAAUCACUUGUUCCAUGGGAACUGUGUUGAGAAGUGGCUCCAGGCUCACGGGACCUGUCCUGUUUGCCGGUAUACUAUGCCGGCAGACGAGGAAGAAGAGCCGGAGAAGAACGAAGAGAAUGGGAUUUCUGUUAGUAUCUUUAUUAGGGCAACAACUGAAGAAGAACCAGAUCAAACUCAAGACGAUGAUGACGACGACGAUGAAGAUGGCGGUGAUGAGUCGACUCCAAGCCAAGAAGCGGCUGCUGAUGAUCAUAUGCAGAGUUAGAACAAAAAUCCAAAGGCUUUUAGAUUUGAUUUUUUGGUAGUUUUUUUUUAUGAAAAUUUAUAGGGGGUUUAGUUUUGUACAGCGUCAAAAGAUUGAUUUCUCUUUUCGAGCAAUGGAACAUCGUAUAUUCUUUA